AUGCAGUUUUUGUCAGCUAGAACUUUGUUGUACCUCAGGGUAUGUUUCCUUGCAACUAUUACUUAUUAUUCUGUAAGAGAUCCAUCGGUAAUCUUUAACUCAGGAUUUGUAUUCUUACUUGGGCAAGCGAUGGAGUUACCCACCAUUCAAAUUGAAGACCUCAACGAUCCUAUCUUUGGAUUGGUGGCCCUUGCCUUUGGAUCUUUGACCAUUGCUGAAGUAGUUCCAUUAUUUUCAGAUAACAUUGAAUACUUUGAAAGUAUUGUACCUGCAAGAUUAUUCAUAUAUUUCGUUGUAGGGUUCACUUCAUAUGGUGGGUAUUCUGAGACACUUAGUAAUAAUGUCAUUUUUGUAUAUGCAUUUUUCGAAGUUUGGUUUAACUUUUUGAUUUUCACCAAUUUGAGAGAUGAGCGUUAUAAGAGAGUGAAGAAGUUGUUGGAAGAGGCUCAAAAGAAGGGAGAUGUCAACUUGGAAGGAUUGAACCAAAGUCAAAUUGAUGUAGUUAUGUCUGAAUUGUUACAAAGGUCCAAGGAAUAA